AUGUCCUCGGUCACCUCGGUUGGUGCCUGGAAAUUCUCGGCGACCCCGGGGCUUUCUAAUUGCCUCCAGACGCGGAGGCCCCGGACCUCUCAUACUGCACUCCAGCUGGAGCCCCCCCAGUGCUCUCCUCCAGCAGACAUGGGGGUACAGCUGAGGACACAGCCCAUACCCAAGAAUGGCAGCCUCUCAGAGAAGGUGGGAAUCAGUGAGGACGGCAAACGGCGAGCCGAUUUAGAAGAUAGGAUACGUGGGGAACGGCUGCUCGCCUCGGGAGUCUAUGAAGAAGAGAAGUCUGGUCAGUACGCAAACCGCACGACAACGUCCAACCCUGAUGGCCUUCCCGAUUACGCACUCAACUCAGGUUUAGUGAAGAGAUUAAAGUCUGCCCUGGACGCCAGGGAUGAGGAGAGAGUGAGCCACUUGGUCUGUGCUGAAGUGAGGCAUGUGGACGUCGUGAUGGAACUGGACGAAAGACCCCUCGGCCCAGCCGCCCCCCACCCCACCUACCAUGCUGCCUUGGUCACGGGAGACCUGAGCCGUCUUGAGCUGCUCAUGAACGAGUUCUUCCAGGAUGCCAAUGUGGUGUUCGAGAUCAAGAAGGAUGAGAUGGAGUGGCAGGUGAAAUCCCCAGCCACGUUCGGACUGUCAGGCCUCUGGACCCUGGAGUACAAGCGUGAGCUCACCACGCCUCUGUGCAUCGCUGCGGCCCGCGGCCACACGGCCUGCGUGCGCCACCUGCUCAGCCGCGGCGCGGACCCAGACGCCAGCCCCGGUGGCCAGGGAGCCCUGCACGAGGCCUGCCUGGGGGGCCACACGGCCUGCGCCCAGCUGCUGCUGCAGCACGGCGCCGACCCCGACCUGCUCAGCGCCGAGGGCCUGGCGCCCCUGCACCUCUGCCGAACCGCCGCCUCCCUCGGGUGCGCGCAAGCGCUGCUGGAGCACGGCGCCUCGGUGCAGCGCGCGGGCGGCGCGGGCCGGGACACGCCGCUGCACGUGGCGGCCCAGCGCGGCCUGGACGAGCACGCGCGCCUCUACCUGGGCCGCGGCGCGCCGGUGGACGCGAGGAACGGCCGCGGCGAGACGGCCCUGAGCGCGGCGUGCGGCGCGGCGCGGCGGCCCGACGAGCACGCGCGCCGCCUGCGCCUGUGCGCGCUGCUGCUGCGGCGGGGGGCGGCGGCGGACGCGCGCGACGAGGACGAGCGCAGCCCGCUGCACAAGGCCUGCGGCCACGCGCUCCCGGGCCUGGCGCGCCUCCUGCUGCGGCACGGCGCCGACGCGGGCGCGCUCGACUACGGCGGGGCCUCGCCGCUGGCCCGCGCGCUGCAGACCGCAGCCUUCGCCGCGGAGGCCGCGUCGCAGCGCACGGUGCAGGCGCUGCUCAACCACGGCUCCCCCAGCGUGUGGCCGGACGCCUUCCCCAAGGUGCUGAAGACCUGCGUGCCAGCCCCCACGGUGAUCGAGACGCUUUUCAACUCCUACCCUCAGCUCCGCGUGUCCGAGUCCUGGCGGGAAGUGAUUCCGGAGGAAGUAUUUCAGAUGCACCAGGCCUUCUACCGAUCUUUGUUUGCUUUGGCCCACACCCCCCGCUGUCUGCAGCACCUGUGCCGUUGUGCCAUUCGGAAGUUACUUGGCAAGAAGUGUUUCCACCUUGCGCCCCUGCUACCCCUCCCAAAGUCCCUGCAAAAUUACCUCCUUUUGGAGCCGGAAGGUGUUUUGUACUGAAAACCAGAGCGCUGGGACUGAGGCUGUGAUUCUCACUGCUGUCUUCCGCAGAGGCGGUGCGCUCAGGGCGGGGGGGGGGGGGAGGAGGGGCAGACCCGGACGGCACCUGCCACGUCCCCUGGCGGACGCACGGACCUCACAGAUUCCCGGUCACUUUGGAACAGAACUGGCAAUAAAAGGCCUUUCUGCCUCUCAGGGUUGCUCGUGAGGGUCAAGGUUGUGAGUUCCACAGUACUGGCAUCAGAGAGUACUUUUCAACAGAAGUUGAACGAAAAGAUACACAUGUUUUCCCAAGGCUUGUGUCCUGCCUGCGGUGGGUUAACAGCCUCCACACUGCCCCCUCAGCCAUCAGACCAUCCGCCUCACAGGCACUGUCCCACCCCUCCUGGAGCCUGGCCGCCUGGAAAGGCUCUGUGCCCAACACGUGAGAGGGGUACGUACUGAGAGAGAACACCUGUUUCCGUAACAAGAGCGCCUUUCUGGAGCCCCCUGGUGCUUCCCAGCACAUCACAGUCCCGAAGCCCCUAAGGGACAUUGGAGGGGUGGCGAGCCCAGUGUUCUGGUCCCAUGUGAGUCUUCUGACACCCUCACCAAACCCCAAAUGGAUGAUUCAGCUGUGGCAACCUGCAGGAAGCCAGAUGCCAGGAAUAGACACGGGUUGGUAGGGGUUGCCAUCAACCCAGCCUGGGCAUCACAUACACAGAGAGCUGCUCAAGGUGUCAGGACUGCAUAGGCCAUACCUUAUUUUCUGUAUUCUGGUGCUUUUGGUAUCUGGGACCUGGCUGACCCUGGAGGGACUGCCCCUUCCAGGGCUGGUCGAUUCCUGAGGACAGCAAACCGUUCACCCCCAAGCACGCUUUUCAAAUGCAACCCCACCAAUCCAGAGCUCUCACCCCCACCCGCCUCCUUUACUGGGCUGUCACACUCUGGGCUACGGUCCACCUGUCCUAACGGUCCCAGGGCCAGGUGCCAGACAGGUAGGGACAGCCCUUAUACCCCAGAGCCUGCUGAAAUGACUCUCACUAGCCGAUCCUAAGCCCGUCUGUCCCGCCUGGCCCUGUUCCUUCCAUGAAAACCACAAGAGAGGCUUUUGUCCACAUCCCUUCCCCCAACCUCCUGACCAACCCUGGUGCUUCCCCACGUGCCUGCCCCAUGGCAUGCCGUGUCCCUUCUCUUGGGAAUGGUGAGUAAUAAACGAUCUUUUCGAUGGUA